GUGCUGCUCUUUAGGCUAUAAGCGCGCCAUCACUGCGCGUUUUAUCCUCCGAGUGUAUUCUUAUAGAUUAUAUACUGCAUAGGUGCGUGCAGAUAUUGCAGGCGAUUUUAGAAUAAGAAAAUACGCGUUAAUAACAAUCGAGGACUGCAUAAGCAAAUUGAUCGCUGUAAAAGUUAAUCGUGAAAUUUGCAUUCGGACGGUGUCGCAAUUAAAAUGAAUUACAAAUUGUAUCUUUGCGUAGCGUUAACCUAACCUCAAAUCUGAGUAAAUACAUUCCACGGUUUCAUUGUUAAGCGUUGUUGAAAAUAUAAAAAUAAAUAUUAGGCGGUGGUUUUAUUUUGUGCAGUUUCGGUUUUUUUUUUUUAUCUUAUAGAGAGAUACCGUAGUUCAGAAUGUACUCUCGUGUUCUAAGAACUGUUUUGAACGUUUCAAUAAAGUUGAAAAAUCAAAAAAUUUACAAAAACGCUGGUUUAUCAUUGCCUGCUGCGACGUUAAUAGCACAAAAAGUUUUGCCCACUUAUGGCACUACUGUGCAACACUUCUCAGAUGAUCGCAUUGAAGAUAAUUUGCUACUAGCCAAAGAUGGAUCGCAGAGAAAAAAUCAAAUUGACGAAAGGGCGCAAGCUAAGUUAAAUGAUAUGAUAGCAGAAAAACCAGAGCUUGAAAAGUUCAUAAAAAUUUUGGAGUUGGAAAUCGAUGUGCUGAGACAGAAUGGUGAAAAUGUUCCUUCAAAUUUACGACCACGGGACUGGCUAGAGCUUGUCCAACUGUCACAUAUAUCAAAAAGAAAGAAAUACUUGGAUUACCUUUUUAUAGUUGAAAAGCAGCAGGAAAAGAGGAAACAAGAGCAAGAAGAAAACAAUAUAAAGUUGGAACAAGUUAGAGAAGAAAGAAAAAAUAGAGUCCAAGAUCCUAAUGAAAUAAUAUAUAGCAUUGGGAACAAUUCUAUGUUUAGACGAUUUGUUGAACGUACAAUGAAUCAAUUAUGGAACUGGAAUUGUUUAAGAUCUAUGAUGUACGGUAACAAGAUUGUCUUUGACUGUAGUUAUGAACCUUACAUGAAGCCUCUAGAAGUAAAAAGCUGCGCCAAACAGAUAAUGGAAUCGUUUGCUAUAAAUCGUGUACACAAUUACCCAUUUGUUAUUUACUUGUGCAAUGCUAAUUUAUCAGGACCACUAAUAGAGCGACUUACAAGGUUUAUGCCAACUCUUUUUGAUGAUGACUUUCCAAUGGUAGUUACCUCAAAGUCAUAUUUGGAACUAUUUGGAAGAGAUUCGAUAGUAUAUUUGACAUCAAAUGCACCAAAAAUGUUGGAAACUUUUGACCCUGAUUCUGUUUACAUAAUUGGAGCCUAUGUAGACAAGGGUUCCAAGCAACCAGUUUCAUUGGGAAAAGCAAAAAAAGAAAAUGUGCGAAUGGCUAAAUUACCAAUUGACAAAUAUGUUCAGUUUGGUGAUGGUUCUGGCAAAGAUUUAACUCUCAAUCAAGUCAUGGGUAUCAUGUUAGAUGCACAAACAGGUGAUUGGGAAAAGGGUAUGCUACAUGUACCUAGGAGAAAAACUUAUGAAGCCAGAAUGUACUCAUUAGAGAAAAAAUUACAAAGGGAUAUCUCAUACAGGUCAAGGAAGCUCGAAGAAGAGGGUAUUGAAGGUUACAAAUCCACUAGACCCGUUCUUCAGUCAUCAGGUGUAAACGAUUAUAGUCACGCAGCCCGUGCAAAAAUGCGUGAGCAAUGGAACAAGUGAUAAUAUGAUAGGAAUGAUAAGCCAUGUGUAAAAUAGUUAUAAAACAUAAUAGUUUUUAAAGUAAUGACUUUAUAUUAUAUAAGCAAUUACAUUUUUGUUUACAAAAAAUUUCGUUACAAUAUUUUCAUAAAAUUCUUCAAAAAUGUAUUAUAAAAAGUCUUGUAGUUCUCCAAAAUCGUGGAGGAUUGUAUAUAAAUAAAUACAUAAGAGAAUUAAAUUCGACCUAUGACA